AUGCUCGUCGAUGAGUAUGAACAGUACAACAAUGACCGCACCGAUGUUAUCGUCGUCUCUCGCUCCGGCUCAGAGGAGGAGCCCGAGUCGGAGCCAGCCGCAAAUGACUAUGAGGCUAUGAUGGCCCGCAUCCUUCCAAAGGAUCCCGAACUAGAGAUCGAAGCCGAAGCGUAUAACACAUGGCAUAUAACGGACUGGCGGAAGUUGAAAAAAAAGGAACAUGGGCCUGUUUUCGAAUGCGGAGGAGCUCCCUGGCGUGUUCUCUUUUUCCCCUACGGUAACCAGGUCGACCAUGCUUCGUUCUAUCUCGAGCAAGCUUGGGAUAAGGAACCUCCUGAGAACUGGUAUGCAUGUGUCCAGUUUGCCUUGGUGCUCUGGAAUGUGAACGAUCCCUCUAUCCAUGUCUCUCAUGUCGCCACACACAGGUUCAACGCCGAGGAAGCGGAUUGGGGAUUUACACGGUUUUGUGAACUGCGGAGACUCUUCAGCAUACAGUUUGAUAGUCGAGGUGUACCUCUAGUUCAGAAUGACGAGGCAAAUGUUACAGCUUAUGUGCGGGUGGUCAAGGACCCUACUGGAGUCUUAUGGCAUAGCUUCCAAAACUACGACUCCAAAAAGGAAACCGGCAUGGUAGGACUACGCAACCAAGGAGCAACAUGCUAUCUCAACUCCCUUCUACAGUCACUAUACUUCACAAACGCCUUCAGAAAGGCCGUCUAUAAAAUCCCUACCGACGAGGAGGCCACGAGAGCCAACAGCGCAUGGACCUUACAGCGGUUAUUCUAUAAUUUACAAACGAACGAGAAUGCUGUAUCCACUACUGAACUCACAGCCUCAUUUGGCUGGGAAUCCCGUCAAAUUUUUGAGCAACAGGAUGUCCAGGAGUUAUGCAGAAAACUGAUGGAGCGGCUAGAACAGAAAAUGAAGGGAACAUCCGUCGAAACAGCCCUGCCAGAUCUUUUCGUCGGAAAAACGAAAACAUAUCUUUCAUGCAUAAAUGUCAAUUACGAGUCUUCUCGUGUCGAAGAUUUCUGGGAUAUCCAGCUCAACGUCCGAGGGAACAAAACAUUGGAUGACAGUUUCAAGGACUACAUCCAGGUAGAGACUCUUGAAGGUGAGAACAAAUACGAUGCUGGCAGUCCUUACGGCCUCCAGGACGCACGGAAAGGGGUCAUCUUCGAAAGUUUCCCUCCUGUACUUCACCUCCACCUGAAGCGAUUUGAAUAUGAUAUCAAUCGGGAUGCUAUGAUGAAAUUGAAUGAUCGUCACACUUUUCCCAUGGAAUUUGACGUUACGCCCUACCUCUCAGAAGAAGCGGACAAGUCUGAAUCUUGGGAGUAUCAGCUUCACGGAGUCCUCGUACAUAGCGGUGAUUUCAAUGCCGGUCAUUAUUAUGCAUAUUUGAAGCCAACCAAAGAUGGCCAUUUCUACCGUUUUGAUGAUGAUAAAGUGAUCCGUGCGACGGAAAAAGAGGUUCUAGAAGAAAACUACGGCGGUGAAUACGAUUUCUCAAAUGGCACCAUGGCUAUGAAACAACAGUAUUCUAGAGGCUUGUCAACGAAGCGCUCCAUGAAUGCCUACAUGUUGGUUUACAUUCGGAAGUCUCGUCUGGACGAUGUACUAGUCCCUAUUACAUCGGAUGAUAUUCCCUCACAUAUUGAAACUCGUCUUGCUGAGGAGCGUGCUGAUCUGGCCCGAAGGAAGAAGGAAAAAGAGGAAGCUCACCUCUAUAUGAAUGUCGGAGUUCUUAGUCAAGAAACGUUCCAAGAUCAUCAUGGUUUUGAUCUGACAAGCAUUGAUCUGCCCAGUGGUGAUCCGGCUUUACCAAAGCCGUAUCGCAUUUUGCGAUCCAAAAAAGUCAGUGAGUUCGCAGACGAAAUUGGCAAAGAACGAGGCAUUGACCCGAAAUCUAUCCGCUUUUGGGUCAUGGUAAACCGACAAAACAAAACCACACGACCGGAUCAGGUCAUUCAAAACCCAGAAAUGACUAUUGAAGAUGCCUGGAACCGACUUGCUACCAAAGGAAAUGCCUUCAAGCUAUGGAUGGAAGUUGGCGAACCUGGCCCCGACGGCACAGUUUCCUGGCCAGAUCCCAGCUCUUCCGUACUCAUUUUCCUGAAACAUUUCGAUGCCUCUCUUCAGACCCUGACCGGAAUCAGCUCGGUUUAUGUUCGCAAGAACCAAAAAGUGUCCGAUCUCGCACCCACGAUUCUUGAAAAGAUGGGCUGGCCUGCUGGGACCGAAUUCCUUCUGUUUGAGGAAAUCAAACACACGAUGGUUGAUCCCAUGAAGCCAAAACAAACGUUCCAGCAAUCUGAAAUUCAAGAUGGUGAUAUCAUCACCUUCCAGAAGGCCUUGAACGAAUCAGAGCUUCCUUCCACCGCGAUAUACACGGAAACAAGACAAUACUAUGAUUAUCUUCUGAACCGAAUGAACGUGAAAUUUGCACCUUUGAAAAGACAGGGCGACGAUUUUACUCUUACCCUAAGCCGGAAGAUGACCUACGAUCAGUUCUCGAAGAAAGUUGGCGAGCACUUGAAUGUAGAUCCUAGUCAUCUUCGCUUCUCUCCAGUUCUUGCCACCAAUGGCAAGCCUAAACAACCAAUCAAGCGCAAUGUUAACCAAACAUUGUAUCAAAUUCUCAGUGGACAGUACGGAACGUAUGGUUACAGCAUGCAUUUGCCAGAUGCGUUGUAUUAUGAAGUUCUUGAUACAAGCCUCAGCGAAUACGAAACCAAAAAGUCCCUCAAGGUUAUCUGGCUAGCCGAAGGAAUCAACAAGGAGACGAGUUAUGAACUCCUUGUUCCUCGAACUGGCCUUAUAAGCGACCUGCUAGCCGCGCUGCAGAAGAAGGCAGAGCUAGACGACGAGACGAUUAAGAAAGUACGAAUUUACGAGGCAAAUUCUGGCAAGAUCUACAGAGAGCUCCCCGAAAAUUCCGACAUUUCUAGGUUGAAUGAAUACGUAUCGCUAUACGCUGAGAGAAUUCCUGACGAGGAGCUCGAUAUUCAAGAGGAUGAACGAGUUAUCAAUGCGUUCAACUUUGACCGAGAACCGACCAAGUCACACGGUAUUCCUUUCAAAUUCGUAGUCAAACCUGGCGAAGUGUUCAAAGAGACCAAAGAGCGACUGUCGAAACGCACAGGCAUCAAGGGAAAGCAGUUCGAAAAGAUAAAAUUUGCUGUCGUGCCUCGUGGGAUGUAUACAGGCACGAAAUAUCUCGAAGAUGAUGACAUUCUCUCGGAUGUCGCAAUUGAUUCUGAUGACCUCCUUGGUCUUGACCAUGUAAAUAAGAAUAAGAGUUUCUGGAGCAGGGGUGAAUCUUUCUUCAUCAGAUAG